AUGCAGUCUUCAACGCACUCCAAGUCGGCAUUAGGACGUGGUGAAUUUCCACUUUCGUCCGUUCAGGAUGAGACGGGUAGUACGCCCAGCAACUCGUCGUCGUACUUCAUUGAAGGUCCAUGGGAGCAGCGCAACCGUCGUGUUCAGAACGUCCUCCUUCAUGUGUGUAGUUUUAUCCUUAUUCUUGAAUUUGCAGAGCGGGUGAGCUAUUAUGGAAUCAAUCAGGGUCUCAAGAACUUUAUGGGCAAGCUCGGCUGGUCGCAGGUCGGUUCCAACUCCCUCAAGAGCACGUGGACGUCCAUCUGCUAUCUGUCGCCACUGUUGGGUGGCUACGUUGCCGACGAGAAGUGGGGUCGCUUUCGCACGCUUUGGGUCUUUGGGGUCUGGUACACACUGGGCGCUUUCUUGCUCACGGCUUCGGCCCAUCCCAAAAUUAUGGCGCCCGACAACCACUUGGUAGCUAAUCUGUUGUGUCAUAUCGGUCUCUUUGCUGGUGUGGCAGUGGGCACUGGUGCCAUUAAGGCCAAUGUCAUUACGUUUGGCGCAGACCAGUUUGAUCCCAACGACCCUAACGAAGUCACGCAAAAAGAACAUUUCUUUAGUUACUUUUACAUUGUCAUUAAUCUGGGAGCCAUUUUUUCGUACGGAUACCUGUCGGUAUUGUGUGUAGCAGGGUCGAAGGCCAUCACCCAGGAAUACGGCUACUUUGCAUGUUUCAUGAUCUGUGGAGCAGUCAUGGUCUUUGCCUACAUUUUAUUCAUCAUUGGAUCUCCCAGAUAUGUACAUUUUGCACCGCAGGAUAGUGCGCUCACAAAGCUGUGCACGAUUGUGAAGGGGAAUUGUGCUUUUAGCUACGAGGCACGGAUGUUGUACUACGGACUGAUCGCGUUUGGCUCAGCGUUCCCGCUAAAUUUGCUGGCAUCCUUUUUGUCCGACUGGUUGUCGGUAGGACAGUAUCUGUCGUAUCUUGUUGUUCUCUGUUGCGCAUUUGGCAUGUACGCAUGGGUUCGAUACGGCAUGAAUACAGCAUACAUGGACAAGUCCAAGGCUUCCAACGGAGGCAAAUUUAACGAUGAAACGGUGGAUGAGAUAAAAAUGGUGAUUCGAGUGCUGCCUUUCGCGUCAUUCAUGAUUAUGUGGGAGUGCGCGUACGACCAGCUGGAUGCCAAUUUUCAGUCAAUUGCUCAGCAAUGCGAUUUACGGAUCGGUGCCGACAGUAGAAGCGACUACAGUGCUGAUCAGGUCCCCGGCGCUAGUUUAGGUAUUUUCGAUCCCCUGACGAUUAUCUUGCUGAUUCCUCUGCUGGACGGCUUUGUGUAUCCGUUGUGGGGGAAAAUUUUCGGGCGACCACCGAGUGCAUUUGGAAAAGUGCUGACGGGUCUCAUUGUUGCAAUGCUAACAAUGGUUUGGUCCGGAUUCUUUGAGAUUAUUCGGCGAAACAGCGGCGCAAUCACUUACGCGGACCAAGAUGGCGUGCUUCAUAACAUCCUGAGCAGAGGUUCUAGCCAACCGAUGAACCACACGUACUGGGUAUAUGCAGUUCCAAUGUAUGUGCUCAUUGCUGUGGCCGAAUGCCUGAUUAACGUGACGGCCUACGAGCUGUUCUACACAGAGGUGCCUGUGUAUCUUAAGAGCACAUGUCAGGCGAUCAAUCUGUUUAUGGUUGCCAUGGGGAGUAAUUUGACGUCAACAUUCACGCUGCUGUUCGAGCGCUACAUCACAAACGACCUCAACGACGGCAACUUUGAGUACAUGUACUGGACGCUAGGCGUGAUUAGUUUAGUUAACAUCAUUGCUUACGUGACGGUCAUGCAGUGGAUGGAGUUUGGAAUGGUGCGUUUUGACGCCGAUGAUGACUUGCUCGAUGGCACUGUUUUCGACAGCCAUGGUGUCGACAUUACAAGUGUCCAACGGCAUUCGUCGUUUGAGAGUAUUUCCUUGUCCCGAGGGUAG